AUGGGGAGACAGUGGUGUUUAUGGAGUAAGGACUGGACCUCCUUGGUAAAACUAUGGAUUCCUUUACUGCUAGGCCUUCAUCUUAAGUCGUCGCAAGCCUCCAGCUGUCCCAAAGAGUGCCGCUGUGAUCGGACGUUUGUCUACUGCAAUGAGCGGAGCCUGACCUCAGCGCCUCUGGGGAUCGGUGAGGGCUACAAAACCCUCUACCUCCACAACAAUCAGAUCAACAACGCCGGCUUUCCCCUGGAGCUCCACCAUGUGGCCUCUGUGGAAACGGUGUAUCUCUAUGGCAACGAGCUGGACGAGUUCCCCAUUAACCUGCCCAAAAAUGUCAAAGUUCUCCAUCUACAGGAGAACAACAUCCAGACCAUCUCCAGAGCAGCUCUGGCUCAGCUUCUUUGGCUGGAGGAGCUGCAUUUAGAUGAUAACUCAAUUUCUACUGCUGGGGUGGAAGACGGGGCUUUCCGUGAAGCUGUGAGCCUGAAGAUGCUCUUCCUCACCAAAAACCACCUGAGCAGUGUGCCCAUCGGUCUCCCAGAUGAUCUGAAAGAGCUGAGGCUGGAUGAGAACCGGAUUGCAAUCAUUGCAGAGGAGGCGUUUGAGAAUGUCACUAGACUGGAGCGUCUGCUGUUGGAUGGAAACUUGCUGACGGAUGAAGGGAUCUCACCUGGAACCUUUCAGGACUUGGUCACAUUGAGGGAGCUGUCCCUGGCCCGUAACUCCCUGACCUACCCUCCUCCGUUCCUCCCUGGGGAGGUGCUUGUUAAAUUAAACUUCCAGGAAAAUCAAAUGAACCAGAUCCCCGUGCAAGCGUUUGCAGCUUUGCACAAGCUGGAAAGGCUGGAUCUUUCUACCAACCUGCUGCAUCUGCUGCCCCGAGGCGUGUUUGAUGGCCUUGUGAGCCUCAAACAGCUCACCGUCCGGAACAACCCCUGGCUCUGUGACUGCAGCGUGCAAUGGGUGGUGUCGUGGCUCAAAUCUCUGCCCGCUUCACUGAACGUGCGUGGUUUCAUGUGCCAUAAACCAGAGAGGUUCCGGGGCAUGGUGAUCAGGGAGCUGAGUGCUGAUCUGCUUCAGUGCUCGGUGGCCACUUCUUUGCCUGAUGCUACUUUGAAUCCGUCUCUUUCUGCCUCCACAGACUCCACUGUGCUCCCUCGACAUGUUUCAUCCUCCUUCUCCUCCAGAAGACCCAUCCCCACGUUUCCAACCCUCUACUCCAUCUACACAACACGGGAAGAGGGGAUGAGGACUAAACAACCCCUGCAGGUCACUUUCACCAUUUUAAACGGGUCAGCUAUUCAAGUGCGCUGGGUGGCUUUGUUUCCAGUCACUGCCUACAAGGUAACCUGGGCCAGGAUGGGCCCCAGUCUGACCGGCGACACGGUCAGAGAGAGGAUAGUGGGUGGGGAUCAUCGGGGAAUACGACUGGCUAAUCUUGAACCAAAGUCCACGUAUCGGAUCUGUGUCAUUCCCUUGGAUGCUUUUAAUAACUACAGGCCCAAGGACGACUCGGUGUGCACGGAGGCCGUGACCACCGCAGCCUUUUUCAGCCCCGAUAACAACAACAGACGAUCCGAGCCGGAGCAGGCCACGCAGAGAGAGUCCAACUCACCGUUCCUGCUGGCCGGGCUAAUCGGAGGAGCUGUGAUCGUGGUGCUGGUGCUCCUGCUCAGCAUCUUCUGCUGGCACGUGCACAGAAAGAGCCGCUCUGAGUGGAAAUACAACCGGGGACGUAGAAAAGAUGACUACUGCGAGGCGGGCACCAAGAAAGACAAUUCCCUCCUGGAAAUGACAGAAACAGGCUUCCAGAUAGUCUCGCUCAACAACGAGCAGCUCCUCAAGGGGGAUUUUCACAUUCAGCCAAUUUACACCCCUAAUGGGGGCAUCGGUUUCAGAGACUGCCCCCCAGGGAACAACAGCACAGUUUACUGCAAGAACAAUGUUCAGGAUGCAGAUUUUUGUCAUUCAUGA